GAGGGAAAUCAGCUCGCGCACUACAACUCACAACAGGUACUCGGCUUUUCGACGGCUCUCACUUCACCGUGAAUAAUUCGCCCCUGCAGAUAUUUUUACAAUGUAGUCUUGCGUCGGCUUAGAAGCCUUAUAAGCGCCACUAAGAUGUUGGCUCUCGUUGAUGAAGCUAUCAAUUCACCAGAAGAUCAAUUUGGAUCAGGUUCAAACCAGGUGACAAUUACUUUUUUAUUUCAUCAGCGCGUUACUAUUAAUGUCAACAACAGCUCUCUCAUUGCUCAUGGGAGGCCUUAAAGUGUUUUUAGCUCUCUAGAACUAAUCGAUUCAACUAUGACGCUCAGAUUCUCACCUCUAAGAAACAAUACACAGUCUAAGUCGUGUCUGUAAUCGGACCUGCAGCCAACUUUAGUUUGACCUUCGUUACUCAUGAGCAAAGAUUACGACGAAAAUUAAAUCAUCUAAAUUGAGCUCUAAAUUCCACCCUGAAUGCCCAAUUUUAAGGAAAUGGGUAUAUAGAAUCAUUGCACCCAUAACGAUUAUGUUUUGUUACGCCUCUUCCUACAGCGAUAUGAUUCGUAAUGGAUUGCUCUAAUUUGCAGCGAUAGAAAUUUACCCAUUUCAAAGAUUUCAACGGAGAAGUCAGAACUUGGGAUAUCAGUUCAUUUCGAUCGCUAUGUACAGAUCACAUGUAGAAUGGAUUGUUGUUCUUGUAGACUAUUGUUGGAUUUGCAGUAAAAAUUGCUAAUUAUUACUUGAAAUUUUCAGAAUUAAAUUAGUCUUAACAAACUGCCAUUUUGCUGUCUACUUACAGAUGUCACUAGAUGCUCAGCAACGCAUUGUGGGAUAGUUUUUCCCGGCUAUGCUAAGAAGCAGAGAUCAGAACGCUAAUGGGGUGACACAGGGAGGAGUGAGGAAAAUAUCCGCGUCCAGAAAAUUUCACGAGAGUCGUAAGAUCGAGCCAACGGAUAACCCUCGAAUGGCGAACAGGCAUCUUAAUGGGAACGCCAAACAUAACAUGCUGAACGGCCAGGUGCAGAAAAGAUCUACAACUUCUUUGGACCCACAUAGUUUCGUCGAAGCCGCGACGUUGCUCGGUAGUGUGGGGUCUCUCAAGGCAGCUGAGACAACUGAAAGAGUUCGGCGAGGGAGCACAUCGUACGAAGAGGAUGUGUACAAAGGCCACCCUUUCCCGUUUGAGAAUUUGGUGUUUGAAGGCGGUGGAAAUAAAGGAAUGGCUUAUGUUGGGGCUCUGCAGGUAUUUUUUUUAAAAAAUUUUUUAGGCUUAAAUUUUGUCGUUCUGCUCUUUGUUUUGACUUGUGAUGAUCACGGAUUCCUUCGCUACCGUGUUUUGAUCAGCACAUUUCUCAACUGUUUUCUUUUCACCAAGUUACUGAGCUUUCGCUUCCGGGGUUGUGUUAUUCCGAUAUUUAUUGUUAGUUUGUGUUUGUUAGGCACAAGUUUUCUACAGUCAAAAUCUUCACUGACUUGUGUACGUAAGUGAUUGUGAAUUCCUUUGCAUAUGUCAGGCCAAUGUUAGAUUCUCUUUGGCCCUCUAAACACCCUUCCUGUUCAAAUUACACUCUCAAACUAAGGCUUUGGUAUUGAAGAACACGUCGAUUAACAGAGUGAAGCUAACGAUUUCAAGUUGUGACUUCUAGAUGGAAGUUCUUGAAAUUUCGCGGUGAGAUUUGACGUAAUCUUAUUCUUCAGGCGUAAUAUAUUACAGUGAUAUUUACUCUUCCGCAGAAAGUACAUUGAUAUUCUGUGACGUUUUAAGAAAAUCAAACUGCUCCAAAAAUAAUCAGCAAUCUGGAUGCGUAAUGUUAAUUCCGUCGAAGAGAAACUAGUCUGUAAUGCAAAAGAUCGAGGUAGUUGAAGAUGCCCACGCGUAAAUUUUACACGCAGUCAAACUGUUCUUUGUUUAACAUAAAUAUUUAACGAUGGGAUUGUGCGCGAGGGCGAACAUUUUUACUUGACGAAAGAGAUAAUCUGAACUUGUUAUGGUUUAGUGUUAAUAUUUUCCUUAAAUCGGACCGACACAAUAACAUGUUUUAAAGAUCAUUAACUAUUUAAUGGCUUAUCAGGGAUUUUUUUUUUGUAUUUUUAAAAUGUAUUAUUCGUGAAAAUAUUGAACAAGUUUCUUAACAUACCAAUAUAAGCGUGAAAUUUACUUAAAAAUACGGGUCAGGAUUUGAUAUAUCUAGACAUUUUGUGUAAUGGUACUUGAAGUAACUUUUUUGUGGUAAUUUUUAUAAAUACUACAUUAUUUUCGAUUUCAUUUGAAAUGUUUUUCAGCGCGACUCAUUGAAAAUGCAUAUUAUUGAGAUUCAGUCUCCUAGUGAGAUGUUUGUUAUCUUAUUAGUUACGUGUAGGUUGGCACGAUAUGGAAUAUAUUUCGCAGCAAAUCUUUUAGUUAGUCGGAAAUGAGUUACAUCAAAUGAAUCAAUUGCCUUUGGGAUCUAUUCCUUUUGUUGUCAAAGUUGAAAAAGCCAAAAAUCAAGUUAUGCAUCACCAAUGUGCUUUUGAAAUACAGGUGUUUGAGAUGUCUGGUGCCACUUGCAAAUUUGUCUGCAUAUUGCAUUUAAUGCACAAUACUCAGCGUUCUCCCUUAUUUCAACCAUGAUAGGCAUGAUAAAUUUUCAGACCAGUACAGUAAUCCUUUUACCAGUUGAAUUUUGAAGAAUUUUAAACGCUGCAUACAUUCUUUCAAUUUUUUUUCUCUAUUUUUUUAAUUUGACACUUUUCUCUCUAACAUGUGGGUGUUCAUGGUUUGAAAUUCUUUGCUUUAUAUUCUAACAUGGCCAUUUCCUUUCCUUUAAUUAUUUCCUGCUCCUUUGUGCUAUAAUUUCUGUGCUAAGCAUCAUGUGUCAUUGGGUGCACAGCAUUAAUCAGAAAUGACUGGUGAGAGUUUUGCAAUGAUUGCUCUAUACAAGAAUAGUGGAUACAGAUUUAGGACUAGUCUCUAACAUAGCUUUUCGGAUUUUUCCUUGAUUUUAUCAUUGUUUCAGUUUCUCUUUUAUAGUUAAGAACACUGACGGUUUGAUUCUAAUCCAAUUGUGUGUUUUGAACUAGAAGUUCCUCUUUCACUUAAAUCCUAGUCUAACCUUCUUCCUCUUCUACAGGUUUGCAGAAAGAAAAUUCUUUCUGCUCUCUAAUCUCAGAUAUCGUCUUAGAAUCUUUUUUUUUUCCAGAAAGUCAAUCAUAGUUGUUUUCAUGGUUUAAGCAAUUCUAGAAGGGUUGAAAAGGGUUGACAUUUUUUAAUAAUUUUUGAAUUAUUGAUUAGUUAAAGCUACAUUUUGCAUAAAAUCAGUUACCAUAAAUGCUUCAAAACUUUGUUCAGGUUUAGAAUAAAUUAAAACCUAUUGUAGGCCAAAACCUUAAGAUUUCUAUGCUGUAUGGUUGGGUCAUACAGGCAAUUUCAAGGGGCAUGUAACGCCUAUUGCUUCUCCUUAGUUCUGUUGCAGCAAGUGGUAAGGAGUAAGUCUGUUCCUCACAGAUGGGACACUUGUCAAUCACAGAUUACCUCCUGCAUUUUGUCAGGUUUCCAUGACAGGUUGCAGAUACCCAGUCCUGGACAGAGUGAGGCUUUGUGGGUGUAAAAGUUGUCUCCUAUGGUAGAAAACAUAACACAAUGACUUGGAAAGAGCUCAACCUUUAACCCCUCAGUCUAGAGUCUUCCAUGUUAAACAUCCAGCCUUUGUGUCUCGCACUCUUAUCCAGAUUAAACUGUUAACAGAGUCACCUUUCCUAGCAGCUCGUACAGUACUGUCCUGUAGAUAGCCUUUUCACUUAUAAAUGGGAGUUUUCCCUCUCAGGGGGCUAGUUGUGAUCAUUGCUCAUUAGAAGGCAUAAAAAAUGUGAAAUAGUGUACUAUUCUGAGACCAGAAAAACUGUCAUGUUUAACAAUGGAUUGUUACUAAUUAACAGGUGCUAGAAAAUGCCGGAAUCAUGAAGAAUAUUAAACGUGUAGCUGGAGCAAGUGCUGGGGCAAUCAUUGCAACUCUUAUAGCUCUUGGCUAUGACUCCAGUGAGUUAAGGGAAUUUCUGGAACAAGAUCUUCGCAGGAUCUUAGUUGGUGAGCUUCAGAGUCCAUUUUCAUUUGAUCAUGUAGUUCAGAACUAGCAAGAGUAUUGAUAUUGCAGUGAUUAGAACACUCACCUGGCAGUACACUUGGGAUUGUAUAAAUUUGGAGUCCUCUCCCCUGAUGAUGGUCUUCACAAUUUCUUUCAUUUAUCAGAAAGAGGAGAAACCUUUUGUUUUUCAAUCAUGCUUCAAACUGAUGCAUGUUUGUGGUAAAAAUAUGUGUAUAUGAAGUUUUUUAAUUUAUUGCAACAACUUUUUUUUUUUAAGCAAAGUGCAAGCCAUUGAAUUGAAAAUUCUCUACCAUGUUCUGAUACUGAAACAAAAGUUGCUUAUAACAAUUCAGUGACAAUGAAGGACUCUAACAAAAUUUCCAGCAAAAGAGAGGAGAUAUUUUUAUCCUUCAACCUUGGUUUUCAACUAUAUUUUAAUGAAUGUAAUUUUUUCUGCCAACAGAUCACACUUGUGGAUAUUGCAGUCUUCUUCCAAACUUGCUGAAAGGUUUUGGUUGGAAUCCUGGCAAGAGAAUGUUACGAUGGUUUGGUGAACAACUUAAAGAGAGAACUGGCGAUGGGGACAUCACUUUUAAGGAAGUAAGUUGCAGCAACAAUUUGCAAAUCAAGAUGUUUAGGUUUAUUUUGCUCUGUAAAUGAUCUUUGAUUUACAGCAAAAGCUGGACAAUUAUUUCAAAAGUGUAAUUUAUGGAAACUUAAAUGAGUUGUGUGUACUUAUGUAUUUAUUUUCGGGAGGAAAGGUGAUUUUCUUUCUUUUGAUUUAUCACAUUUAGAGUUCAUGUAUGAGAAAGUUUUGAAGGGAAGCUUUGCAUUUAAUUAAUUAAUCUUCAUUAUUCUUCUAGGUGUGGGAAAGAUUUGGCAAGGAGCUUUGCAUAGUUGUUACGAAUCUAAAUCAGAUGUCAGUGGAAUAUUUUCACCCAAAGACCACACCAAAUACACCAAUCAGAAGAGCUGUCAGAAUGUCAGUUGCACUUCCGGGUGAGACUAGAAAGAGGAUAGCGAAGGGGGGGCCUCGUACUGUUUCAUGUACAAGUUUUAGAAAAUUAAUAUGUUGAGUGUACUCAAGGUUACUUCCUACCUUCGCGGGUGUCCUUCGGGAAAAAAUUUGUACGCGCGCUAGUUUCACUUAAAUCCUAGCAAACUAUAUAUCAGAAGAAAGCUCAAUAAAUGCAGUUAACGAUAGAAAUGUAAUUUAACCGAGUUUUCCUUUAAGGAAGUGUCAGGAGCCGGUAAGGCGUGAAACGACCGAGGGUUCAUCUAUUGAAUUUAUCGGGUAUCGGAUGCCGCAGCACAUGCAAAAUGGCUGCAUCUAAAUCUGGAGUAGCCAAAAAUAUGCGAGGCGUGUUGCGUAAAUGGACGCCACAAGACAAGUAUUUCGAAUAUCAAAAUUUCCCGACACACUUUCGUUUGUCAUUAUGCCUGGGAAUGUUUUGACGAAAUCUGACGAAAAUCGGUCAUAUCUCUUUACCCUACAAAUUCACUCAAAGUGGAUGUAUUCCUCUCAGAAUCAUAUACGAGAUUUUAGCUCACAAAGGUUAGUAGACAACUCACGCCACGCCAGGAGAUUAUGUGGCCUCCUGAAACCGCAAACUUAUGGGACAACUGGACCUUCUGGCGUCAAUGACGGUGGAUCAAGAUUUCCUGGGAAAGUAGCCCAUUUCAGACACGUUUUUUAAUCUUGAUCGUUCAGUAGAGCGUUGAAAAGGAUGACACAAUAAUGGAAAGUUGCUAAUGGCAAAGGAAAACCCCGCGGAAAAAAUGGAAAAAACGGAAAAUGUGCUGAGAAGCAAGACAAAGAAUCGUCACUCAGCCUUCACAAUUACAGUUUGAGGCGAUUGUCAAUGAUUUUGUAUCAUGGCUGGUACUUGUAAAAAUAAAAGGAAAUCUGGUUUUUAACUUUAUGUAUGACAGAUUUUGGUUUGACGGCGACUUCUUUGUUCGAAAUCUGAACGCCAGCACGGAGCUCCGCCAGUACCAGUCGCUUUCAUACAGGAUUGUUUUCCUUUUCUUGACGGAAUGGUUCUCUUUCCUUCUCCUUUGGGCCCUUUUUUUCUUUUUUUACCAAGGACUUUCUUCCGCUUUUGAUUUUUCCGUGGGCAAAUAUUUUCCUAAAAGCAAAGAGCUUCUACGUGUGAAUUUUGUCAAAUGCGCGAUGUAAACAAAAUAUGCAAAUAGCAUGAAAAACGAGGCCCAAGAUGAGCCCCCCCCAGGGGAUUCGCUCAUGAACGAGACUACGACACCUUCCUGAUUUAUUAACUCUCGUUUGAAAAUACGUUUUUCUAAUUAACUCGGGUGUUUUAAAGAUUUCUGAAUUUUUUUUACGAAAACGUAAGGUAAAAUGUUUGAAUUCAGUUUAAUCCAAUAAAAGAAAAAACGAUUUUUUCGGAUCUGGAAGUAACCUCAAAAAAUUAUUUCAUGCGUCACAAAUUUAAAAGGGAAAACUUCGAAUCUCACCUUACCCUGCCUUUCUGUAGCAUUCAUGUGUUGUAUAUUAAUUUAGGGCUUAAUCAAAUGUCACUCAUAAUAUCUUUGCUGCCUUCUAGAAAUUUUAUUUACAGUGCAUCACAUGCAUAUGUCAUGGUUUUGGAUCAGUCAUAACUUAUCACACAAAUGUGACAGCACCCAUCCUUAGAUGUGUUAAGGAUUUGUCCUUCCAAAAGGAACAACUGAAAGUUUUUCCCUUGUUCUGCUUUGUCUGAGCAAAAUGGUCACAAGAUGAAGUUAAUUACUAAUGAUUGAAGUUGAGGUUGCAACAUGUCUUAAAGCUUUUUGCUUGCAUUGUAGGAGUGUUCCAGUGUGUUCGUGAAAUAAACAAUGAUUAUGAAGACGUCUAUGUUGAUGGAGGACUUCUGUGUAACUACCCAAUCCAUGCAUUUGAUGGUAUGUAUUAGAGGAGGGUGGUAGGUUUUAUCACCCAGAUAAUAGCAGCAUGUAUAUUAGUCAACAUGUAUGUCUGAGACUUUGCCUGCCCUUGUAUCAAGUGGCCCAUCCAGCCAGAAUAUCCCAAUACCCCUUGUACAUGUAUGAAGUAACAAGGAGUAUUGUUACUCCACCAGAUGGGAUUCUAAUCCAUUGUAAGUCACCCUUCAGCAUUUCAUCAGGCUCCACUAGUUUACUUGGUACCCAUGAUUAGAUCCUCUCUCCCCCCCCUCCUUUUUUUCUCUUUGAAGGAUUUUUAGGAGGUCUUGGAAUACCCCCACAAACCCCCAACCACACCUCAACCCCCCUCCCCCUCAAACGUCAUAUUUCCUAUAUACAAUUUACCAGUAAUCCCUGGGAGUAGAGAAGCACUGGGACUGGUUAAGGCUCAUACCCAAUCCUCUGACUGGAUUGGAUAGAGGAAAGCCUUUACCUCUUUUUAACCUGGAGUACUACCUAGUAAUUGCUCGACCUUUUCUUUUAAACAUUUCUAUUGCUAUUCGUUCUCAAUAAUGUUAAAAUUUCCCCUCUCCCUUCGUGCUCAGGUUGGUGGCUUUCCAUGGACCCUAAAGACACUUUUUUCAAGAAGCUUCAACCUCUGGAGGAUUUUGCAAAACUCUUUGAAAAGUCCGAGAGGUUUGGGAGUUGGAACCAGAAAACAUUAGGAAUAGUCCUGGUAAGUGAACAGGAAACUUCGCAAAUUUGCGAAACCUAACGGCAGAUCUAUAUUUACAUUAUGUUCACACUACAGGGCAAUUUUCAAUUGAAUUUUGAAGUAAUAGGCAUUUCUGAUUUGUGCCCUUCCUGGUGCCCGUUGAUAAUAGCAAUUCAUGAGACCAAAUUUGAGAUAGAGGAAGAAAACACAAAAUUGAAAAUGGUGAUGAAACUGCCUUUGAGACCCCUAUUAUUUUCUGCUUUUAAAUGAUCGGCUGGACAAUUUUCACAAAUUGUGAAAACUUUUGAAGAUUCCACCGAGAAAAUUGAAGAAAAUCAAAGGCAAAGCCAAGUUAUCACUGGCGAGCGCCUCCUUUCGUGGAGCCUUAGCUUGAUAACGAUAAUCAUUUUGGUAAUAUUUACUACAGCAAACAAUAGUCCGAACCCUGCUCAUUGCCUUUUGACGGUUUUUAGUGACCUUAGAAAGAGGAAACAAACAUUUUCUUUAAAAACAUUACGCUAGCGCGCGCGCCAACGUUGGGCAAAAACCCUUUAGAGCCUCCUUAAACACACUCUAUCAAAAUACAUUCUUAAAUGUAUCUUGUCUUACAUCUUAAAAUUUGCCUUUUAUCAAUUUGUUUUUCAGUAUUCUCAUACAGAGACCGAGUUGAUGAAGACAUUGCUCACAGAGCGAGAAGGAAACAAGCCUCCGAAACCACCUGUCACCAAACUUGCGAAGUAAGCUAACUACACAAUCAUGUAGCUUUUCUUUUCUACAACUUACACUUAACGAAAAAAUCUUGUGCCGUCUUCUCAGCAAUUUAGUCACAACCAUCUACCAAUUUCUGAGCUCAACCUGCUGCUUCGUAGCUAAGCCUAGAAGUCGCGCACAUCUAGUAGGCGUCGGUUCGAAUCCCGUUGAACCCUGAAGUUUUCAAGCUUUCCUUUCAGUAAUUUUGUUAAAUUACGGUUCACCUGUGAAGACCAUUUUGUUGCUUUUUAAUGAAUAUAUUUGUUUUGUUUUUUCUUUUUUUUUGUUUUUUCUUCGUCUUCUUUUGCAUAUGUCUUUCAUCUGAUCUUCGGUAGUGUUUACUUGCGAGCAGGCCCUCAUUCUUCGCGCUUGGGGACGAGUGUUUCUUCGCCCGAAGGGAAGUAUGAGGCUUUUAGCAACGCGAGUCGAUGGGAGGCCUGCUGGGAAUCUAGCACUGAAAAUAAAGCCAGAUCCCCGGCAAAAAACUUGUCGACUCGUCUCAACUCUUCCCGUGGGCGGAGAAACGCACGUUCUGCAGAUAUUGAGAACUUACUCGUAUUCUACAGAUGUGUUAACUUUGUUUUGACGUUACAACACUUCCCUGCGGUUACAUGUGGCUAAACUUUUGUUCAUAAAAUCCUGUAUACAUUCAUGGAAGAAUUCUUUGCUUUAGGCUGAGAAACAAGUAAACUGAUUAGAGAACUCAUAAGUGAUACACGACCUGCCAACUUUUUUUUUUUUGCAGGCAAAGGCUGAAAUUACAGCAUCAACAGGCCAUUAUGCACCAGGAACACGCCACAAUGGUCAAAGCUGUUGGCAGAUUCAUGGCGGUGCGUAUCUUUUCCAAAUUGUAAUUUGAAAUAAAUCGAAUAUUCCUCGUCGCAACCUCUGUAUAUCUACUGCGUGUAGAAAUAAUUUUCAUGCGAUUCUUAUAUUACAGGAAUUACAAAGAAACAAUUUAGACGAAGACAGCAUUAUCAAUUUAAAGGAACUGAGAGGAGUCUUCAAGAACGUAAGUUACAUGUAAUAAGAAAUUCUACAUCCACUAAGGUUUCCUUUGCAUUUUCCGGAUACAUUUCUGUAACUCGACCAAUUAUAAUUCCAAAGGAAACUGCAGUACUGUUACUGCUACUGUGUUACUAUUAACAAAAAUGGCAUUUUGAAUUUUGGAAAUGUUGAUGUUUCGAGUAGGAACCUAUUCCUGGAGCAAAGAAGGGCAUACUAGCCAACGAAUACUGUCGAAAUCCGUCGCCGAUAUCGGCAACUGCGGAAAUCAGUGAGGUCGACGAAAAUCGCCAUCGAUGCACCGACACCUCUUCUUUUUCGCCAAAUGGCGCUGUUUACUUAAAAAAUGAGCUAGUAAAUCACCUGGUUGGUUGAUAUAGGUAAGAUAACCAACCUCUCUUACCCUCUGAUGCAGCACAGUAGUGUAUUUAGAAACUGAUAAACUAGUAAAUUACUGCUGGGUUUAAUUAUUUUAUGCAAAAACUCAUCCGCGCAAGCUCGUUAACGGUUUCAAACGCAUUUUUUCUUUAAAUGCAGACUUCGGAUUUCACCAAAGAAGAUGCAGAGAUGUUAUUUGGACCAAACGCCGAUUACAAAGCCGCCUUUGAAGAACUGGACACGGACGAAGACGGCGAGGUUAGAAAUGCUUUCUGUUUCAUGUGCCUUGCAGAAAUCUUAACCUUUUUCACCAUAACGUUGAUAUUCAUUUUCUCCAUGCUGUUCGCUUUACAUUUCUCGUGGUACUGACAAGGAGAAUUUGUUGGACAAUCAAGAGGUUCUUUAGUUGCUCUAUUGUCGUGACCUUAAUUAAUGUUUGAUUCAGCGGUGAUAAUGUAAGGAGAAAUUGGGUCCCAGUCUCUCUCAGGAGUCAAAGGAUUAAUUUGCGAAUUAAACAACUUGGUGAGAGGUCGCUUGUAUUUACGUCUCUAACAACUGAGACAUACAAGUACGAAACUAGUAAAUACGUUACCAAACAGCAUUUCAUCAAGCCUCCCUGGCAAUUUCUCGGUACCCAAUUAUACUUCUGAGUGGAGAGAGACACUUGGAAAGUAAGGUUUAUUGGCUACGAAUACAACACAAUGACCCGGCCAGGGGUCUCGAACCCAGAAUUUUUACCAUGCCAUAGAGAUUUCAAUGGCAAACACAAUCAGUGCGAUACAUGAGACUUCAUUUCAAUUGGCUUUUAAUAAGCUUUUUGUGGUCUACGAUCUUGAUAACGUUUUCAAAACAAUUUUGAAGUGUCGAUGAGUUAAAAUUCAUGAAAAAGACUGUAAAUAAAGGUAUAAAAGCAUAAAAACGUUCGUAAGAAGCUGGAAAUGUCAGCGAUCCUAGUCUCGGCGGGGAUAAGAUCGCAACACACUGUGGGAAGGUUAGGUGUAACGAAAUACCGCUAGGUACACGACAGUUUUUUUUUGCAAUGUGAUUGGCUGUUUUUUUUCCAUUGCAUGGUUUCUAGAUGGGCAUAGACUGACUUUGGACGUGCUUUUGUGGAAUUAAUGGAAAGUGUUACAGUAGUAGUUGUCGUUUUAAGCGAAAUACACGGUAGUACUAAAUCGUAGUCGCUUUUACUUCCGAUGUGUUUUGCUAGGCAUAUAAUUCACAAUCAGUGGACUCAGUAUGGUUAACUUUUUUGCAGAUAACGUUUCAAGAAUUAAUGGCAUUUAUCGAAAAAAAGGGAGUAAAUCUACAAACAAGAUUCUUGGGUUAUGCUAGAAAGGAUAUCAAACACUUAGGAGAGUUUAUACAGACGUUGCAGGUAAGAAAGUGAUUGUUUUUUAAUUGCGCACCCCUCGUACAUCCUCGUCCACUGCCACUAGGUUUUUAUUUUAUACUUUGAUUCUGAUUUUACCAAAAUCUUACUUAAUAAAUUUUCCUUAUUCUGCUCUUCAGACUGCGUUAUCAGUGAAUGUGAAAAGAGUCUAUGUAGAGGUGAGCGACGAUCAUUUUUAAUCGCUACGUAGAUCAUUUUGACAGUAUUUUUAUAAUUUUGAAUUGAAAACACGUUUAUAUUUUGUGUUUCUUCCUUUGUCUUUCAGAAAAAAGACGUGGAAAGAACUAUUGGUAUCGACACGGACUACAUCGAGACGAACGACUUUAACCUAGAACAAGCUGACAAAUGGUUCCUCAUCGAAGUAAGGCAUCAAUCCUAUUUCGUUCUUGGAACAGAUAUUCGUCCUUUUUUCUUUAAAACAAAUCUAUUUUUGUCAUAGCAACUUUUCGAUUGAGUGUAGAAAACUCUCGCCAUUUUCUCAACCAAUCAAAUCGAAGGCUGAUAAACCAAUCCCAACUUGGUCACUCGCGUUUUCCCGCGCUUUAGGCAGGUUGCCUGUUUUUACCAUGAGUUCUCAUCGGUUAAUGAUGAUGUUAACCUUUGUUCCGAUUGGUAGUUGUGAUUAAGUCGAUUUUUCUUUUCUGACACUUAGUUAAAAUUGCUAUGUGGCAAAAUCAACAUUGAAACCGAGUCAAUGCAGCUAUUUCAUCUAUAGAAUGUGGGGUUUGCACACUUUGCUUUGCCUUGCUGGCUCUGCUUAAUUGAGUGACUUAUCUAACUUUUUACAUCUUUCUCUAGUCUGGUAGAAGAGCAACGAAAGCGUUUCUGAGGGAGUACACACUACGCGGUGUUAGGGAGAAAGAGAAGCAGAACAUUCGAAGAAUUUCUAACCAACAAUCCAGCGUUACAGUGCGGGUCAGAUGCGCUAAUGAUUCACCGGACACACAUGACAAGCCACGUGAUCGUACAGACUCAACAAAUUCAACCAUCGACAAACAACGACGGUCGGUGUCUUCGGUAGCAUCUACAGAGACGAACUUUACCACGGAGGGUGCUCGAAAAGGCUCGGGUGUUCGGUUACCUCCGCUGUCACACGAGAAGGGAGGGCGAUCGUGGGUAAACCCUCCUUCGAGUGAAAGAUUAGGAUCUGGUGAUAGCGUAACUAGCACGCGAAAAGUUGACGUGGACGUGGGACGAAGUCCGAGGAUCGGCGGCCGAGUUACAGCCAAAGUCGGUGAUUUAAGUGGUAGUUAGUUUUAUUUAUUGUGUUUUAAAGGCUGUUUGACCAAGUUGAGGAACAGCUUCGGUAAACGUUUAUGACGUGAUCGUAGUUUCGCCGCAUUGGCGACGCAGGUAAAUAAGGUGUUACAAAGAAAAUUCAAUAUUCUUCUUUGCAUCAACGAUUUUUCAUGCAAUGUUUGCAGCAAUUUAUGCAGCGAAUUUACAUUUAGAAGAAGUCACUCCUACAAGUAAGUUAGAGGUUUUUUAUUCAACAUAUGCAGCUUUGCGUCUGAAAAUUAUGGAGGAGUGAAAUACGUCACAUCAGUUCAAUCAGUCGGCACCUAAAUGAUUAUCACUGCGAAAACAACAUCUCUGUUUUCAGAGGGGUGGGGUGGAGUUUAGAAGAGGUUGAUGUAAAUUUUGUUUAUUUUAUAUGUAAACAUACAACGUCAAUAUAAUAUGUACAGGUGUAGAGUCGGUAGAGCAGUUACUACAGUUGUUAUGAAGGAAAAUUACCGCAAGUUCGUUUUCGGGAUCUCUUCUCGUCUCACUUAUCCCAACCCCUCUCUUCAUUCCUAUCGGAUAACAUUGGGAGACAGGGAGAGAUCCUGGUGACCAGGUUACGUUGAUGAUGGCUUCUGUGUGGCUGGGGGGUGGGGAGAGGUCGAAUUCUCUUAAAGCGAGUGAGAGAGGGUAAGUGAGGGUAUACAUAGACUUGUCUUUAGAUCGUCAUUAAAAACUAGUUUAGGCCUGUUUAAAAAGUAAAAUGUGUUGAAAUGAAUUAUUUGGUUAUGCUGUAACAAAUUGGCAUUGUUUGGUCGUUAAUGCCCUGAUCAAAGCGAAGCUUCAACAUCUUACCGCGGGCAAUCAACAUGCAUUUGACUGUCAUCCGUACUUGGAAAUAACGAAUUUGGAUCUUGCCUGGGAGAGGUGGGGAAUUGUGAACUGAAAUUGUCAAGUUUUUUUGGCUGAAUACACGUGUUUUAUCAUUAAACGUGGAAGUGUUCAAGGUAAAAUGUACACUUUGGCAAUCGAGUGGCUCAGAAGAAAAGGUCUGCAAGGUCUGAUCUUCCUUUUAGAUUAAAGUUUGACCUUCAAAUCCAGCAUUUGGGUGUGGCAUUUAAACACAAGCUGCUCGAAAGGAUGUUGAAGAUUCGAAUUGACGCAUAAACUGCAUUUACACUUAAGUCACUCGUGUAUUUGGUGUUUCUGUCACACACUGAUGAGGGUUACAUAUUUUGUUAAAUUUAUUUGUCUGGGUCAGCAAGAUUGUGGAAGUAGAAAGUGGCGUUUUAAAGUUAAACUGCAAAAUGACUUGUUACCACAAUAACGACCUAACUUCAGGUUCGUUAUUUUUAAAGCUUGAACGCUGUGAGCCCUUUCCGACCUCCUUUAAGGAAGGUGCAAAUUCGAGUCUCUCUCCUGGAAAUAAUGUGACUUGCAACUUUGACUUGCAUUCGGAACUGUUCGGGACUCGUCGUACUCUAAUCUAAAAACAUUGGAUCAGGUCGGGCUUUCAAUUAUCGUCAAUCGGCUGUGUUACGGUUUGAUUUAAGUUGUAAACAUGCAGGCAUUGAGCUGAAUGGAAUUGUGGGACAGAAAAAAGUUUGUCACCAAGCUACCAGGAUGUGAACAGCAAACGAUCUUAGAAUUAUUCAAAUAUAUAAUGUUAUUUAAAA